AGGGUUCCUUCCCCCCUCCCUCCCCUCCACCAUCUUUCUCUCUCUAGCUUUUCUCUCUCCCCCCCCCCCCCACACAGCACACACGCACACGCCUCGUUCCUUCCUUCCUUGUCGCCUACUCACUCCCGCCGAGUCGCCCAACAGCGACGACUCACCCGACUCGGCCAUGGGGUCGAUCCCCGAUCCGGGCGGCGAGCCGGCCUGCCAGCUGCAGCCGGCGGCGGCGAGCUUCGAGGACUUCCAGAAGCAGACCUCGCUGAUGACCAGCUGCACCCUCCUCUGGAAGGAGCUCUCCGACCACUUCUCCUCCCUGGAGCAGAACCUCAUGAAGAAGUCGGAGGCCCUGAAGCAGAAGCUCCGGGCGCUGGACGACCAGACCAAGAAAACCCUAACCGUCCUCGACGAGCGCGAGACGACGAUCGACGGCAGCGUCGAGAUCGUCCUCGAGAAGGUCGAGAAGAGCAAGGAGGCCGCGCUCGGGGCCCUCGAGCGGGGCGGCGGCCGCGACGUCGAGCCGGGCUCGCCGGGGGGCGAGGUCGACGACGGCGAGGGGCUGCUGAUGAAGUUGAGGUCCUUCUGCCUGAGGAUGGACUCCAAGGAGUUCUGGAGGUUCGUGACCGGGAAGAAGAAGGAGCUGGACCUCAUGAGGGAGAAAAUGCAUCUCGCCCUGGUCGACUGCGUUGAUCCGGCGAAGUUCGUGCUGGAGGCGAUAUCCGAGGUCUUCCCGGUGGACAAGCGGGGAGGGGACAGGGGGAAUGACCUGGGCUGGGCUUGCGUCCUGAUCCUGGAGUCGCUGAUUCCGGUCGUGGUCGAUCCGGUGAUAGGGAAGUCGAGGGUGCUGGUGACGCCGAGCGUGAAGGAGAGGGCCAAGGACAUCGCGGAGACGUGGAAGGCGAGCCUGGAGGAGAGGGGCGGCAUCGAGAACGUGAAGACCCCCGACGUGCAUACUUUCUUGCAGCAUUUGGUGACGUUCGGGAUUGUGAAGAAGGCGGAUGUGGAUUUCUACAGGAAGCUCGUGGUCGGGUCCGCAUGGCGCAAGCAGAUGCCCAAACUUGCGGUUUCGCUCGGUCUGGGAGACAAAAUGCCCGAUAUUAUCAAGGAACUAAUCAGCAGGGGACAGCAGCUAGAUGCUGUGCAUUUUACUUAUGAAGUUGGUCUUGUAGACAUGUUCCCCCCUGUACCUCUGUUGAAGGCUUUUCUGAAAGAUGCGCGCAAAGCUGCAGCUACUAUGUUGGAGGACCCUAACAAUGGUGGCCGAGCUGCGAACCUGGCUUCACGCAAAGAGCAGUCAGCAUUGCGGGCUGUUCUAAAGUGCAUUGAGGAGUACAAGCUUGAAGCUCAGUUCCCCCCAGAAAAUCUCAAGAAGCGCCUUGAGCAGCUAGAGAAGGUCAAGAUCGAUAAGAAAAGGCAACCAGCUGCUGUUCCAGCCAACAAAAGAACACGCGCCAACAAUGGUGGACCUAUGCCUCCAGCCAAAGCUGGUCGUCUGGCCAAUGCAUACGUCUCCUCUUUCCCUGCAGCUCCUGCAUAUGUGCGGUCACCCUCACAUGGUCAAUACCCAGCUGGAGUCCCCACAUACCAUUCACCACAGCCCAUGUAUGGUGGCUUGAGUCCGCCGACAAACCCCUAUGCCUACUCACCUGAAGCAGCUCCACCACCUCUCUCAGGAUCAUACCCCGCUCCUCCCAUGAACUAUCCUCCCUAUGGUGGCUAUGGAAAUGGCGUGGCACCAGCUUAUCAGCAGGCUUACUACCGAUAGAGAAUUGACAAACCCGAAGUUGGUAACCACUGAUAUGAUGACCAUAAUCUGUUUCAAUUCCCACUUGCCUUGUUAUUGUAAUCACUAACCUUCUCAACGGUAGCAGUAUGUGUGUUAAUUUCCUUUUCCCAUGCUCUUGCCAAAGUCAUUGGCAAGAAUCUGUAUUUCUGAUGUUGAUCAAAACCGGUAGCCCUAGGUGAUUGUGGAAAAGUAAUUAUGAUGGCAUCGUGACAGACUUUGGGACUCUUUGAAGGAACUCUAUUGAUGGUCAUAGAUAGUAGAAAAAGACUUAUUAACAUACCC